ACUUGUAGUUUGAGUUGCACGUGUACUCGCUGCAUUUCAUGAAUUGGAGUGUCGUAUAACUCAGCCACAUUUAGAAGGGCCAAGCAAAGAUGGGGUAUGACGUUGCGGCGCCUUCCAGGUUAUACCUAGUAGGCAAGAGCAUUCGCCAAUGUCUCGGGUAUGAUUGAGCCAUAGAGCAUCGACGUCUUGCAAUUAUGAACCUGCUCUUACCAGGCUAGACCGAGACAAGACGGAACAAAGGCUAAAAACAGGUAUGUAGGUGCUACCUACCACACGCCGUUUCCUGACGGAUCUGAUCGAGAUCGGCAAGGUUUCCCGAAUUACGUACAUUGCGUUCUAAUGGACGUCAGUGGACGUCAUCACAUAUUGUCUGAGCACACCGAAUCCGGUGAGGAGAGCUUUGCCGAUAGUUGGAAGUUGCGAUGAUUGCUAUCACUUAUAGUUUAUAAAAACAAGUAGCUCCCAUUAUCAAUUCUGUCUUUUGAAUUACUUUUCACUUCAAAAACAUACCUCAUAACUCUUCCAAAUAAACUACAAAACAAAACUAUUUACCUAAGUCAUCAACCAAUCACAAUGGACGCUCUCAAGAAAUUCGCUGGAAAGGCAGGAGGAUCUUCUGGCAACGCCAACACUCAACAGACGGGCCAACAGAAGGACUACGGUGACAAAGUCGCUAGCCUCAUCAACAAAAAGGAGGGUGGAAAACUGUCCGACCAACAACUCGAGACUGGCACCGACAAGGCGCGCGAGAUGUAUGAGAAGGCCACUGGAAACAAGGUCGACCCUAAAUACUCCAACUAGACUGCGGAUGAUCAAUGAUUGAUGGGAUAUGAAACAAUGGCAUGAUCCCACCAAAUACCCCUACAACGGCUGAGGCGUUCUGGUAUUCUCCAGGUGGAAUUAGCUUGUAAAAUAUCAUUUUAAUUAUGUCUCUGGGAGUGUAUUACUCCUCAAUUAAGAGAUAAAUAUUCCAAUCAUAACCUCUCCUACCGUCGUGAUAUCCAACCGAGGUUGCCGGGUGAUUGAGGUGAUUUUCCCAUGGAAUAAGGGAAGAUAAAUCACCAAUACGAAUCUCAGCCAAUCCUUGUAACGCCUAACCAAAACACCGUGAAUGCGCAGAGACUGUCUAUCCCGUUGCUGCCCGUCGCCGCCAU